AUGAACGAUCGUGAAAGUAGUGAUUCUAGCAGUGAUGAAUUUUAUGAGAAAAUUAAAGCUUAAUUAAAUAUCAUGGAUGACGAGGAAAAGAGUUCAAGAAUUGUAAGCAGAAAUGAAGUAUUACCUAAAGUUUCAUUUGCUCCACCAGAAUCCAAAGAACAGAGAGAAAUCAAUUUCAAUUAUAAACAUUCAGAUCGAAUUCAAUUGAUUGGCAAAAUUGAAUCCAUUACCAAAGAAAACAUUACCAUUUAUUCUAAUCUUUUAGAAUUUGUCAUCAAUUUAGAUUAAUUAAUAGUGAAUAGCUAAUAAGAGAUCUUGGGAAAAGUUGAUGAUGUCUUUGGUAAAGUUGAAAGACCUCACUAUUCAAUUUUGUUGGAUGGAUAUGUGAACAACCUAAUUUAGACUAAUUAACUAAAAAUUGGAGAUGAUGUCUUUAUUAAUGUUGACAGCACUUCUGUUCUUAAUCCUGACGCUAUUUAAGCAAUUACUUAAGUAAUUUAUAAUGUUAUCAAAAGUAAAAAAGGGUGCGAUGCUUCUAAUUAAUUUGAUGAAGAAGUGGUUAAUGAAGGCGAUAUUGAAUAUUCAGAUGAUGAGAUUGAAGCCUUCUCUAAAAAGAGAGGAAACAAGGAAGAAGGAGAAGUGAAGAAAAAUAAUAAAAAAAAAGAAAAACAUCAUAACCAAUAAAAGCAUGAUAAAUAAUAACCAUAUCCUUAAUAAAAUAAUAAAGUUUAGGGCAAUAAUUAAUAAUAACAAUAAUAGUAAUAGUAAAUGAUGUAAAUGUAACAUUCUAUGUAAUAAUAAUAACAAUAUUAUUAAUAAAUGUUCCUUUAAUAACAAAUGUAAUUGUAAAUGUAAUAAUAAUAAUAAUAUUAAUAAAUGAUGUAAAAUUAAUAGUCUUUUCCAUAAUAAUAAAUGCAAUAACCUUAAUACAUAUAACAAAUUUAUCCAUAACCGUAAUAAUUAUAGCCAAAUCCUCAAUUAAAUCUCCCUUAUAAUCCAUAACAAAUAAAUUAAUAAUUAAGUUAGAAUUUGAAUUCCCUCUUCUAAAAUAUAAAACCACAAGAUUAAUGA